CAUCGUCGCUAUGAAAUCAGCGUAGGCCGUUUUUACUCCGACGCAUCGUUAAUGCGCGUUAAGUGCAUUUUUUGAAGCGACUAGCGGCCGAUAGAUGUCGCGUUCGCCGUUUAACCCAUUGCGAGUUGUUUCUGAUUAGUUUUCGAAGAGUUUCACGCGGAUUCGGGCGUGUUUCGGCGCAACGUGACGGAUCGAUCACUUGAUCGACGCCUCGGGGAUCAGAAAACCGGUCGUCCGUCGGGUAAACAAAGGAUGAGUCAGCCAGUGUUUCGAAUAUGGCGGAGCUUUCGGUUUUCGUCGUUUUCACUUUCGACUCGUCGAAAAGUCGCCGCGGAAAACACGUUGCGCACUACCGGCACGAAACAAUACGGUCGCAGUUCGACGAGAUGAAAACAACUCGACGUUCUAGUUAUAAUCCCACGCUUCGUCAAAGGUCGCGAGAGCACUUGGUGAUUUUCUAACGGUGCCGACCAAUCGGAACGCGGCUAGUUUUCCGACCUACGGCGCCAUAUUUAAACCGCGUUGUUUGAGAAUAAUCGCGAUCGUUUAGUUUGCUUAUUUUUGAUGAAUGCGCGUUAAUUUCUUAUAAAUUGCAUUUAUGCGGUUUAAAGUAAAUGCGACAAUGUGUUUAUGCUAACUUUUAUUGGUGUUUUUUGUUUGGAUCAGUUUUUAUUCUUUGGUCCGCAAAUCGUGCGGUUCAUUUUUGAACGAUCGGCCAUUUGGAUUCGGAUCGGCGGCACCGCCCCCCGAUUGGCCCGGCAUCGUUAGAAAAUUAACGCGCCUCCGUUCGAAGCCUUCGCGUUUGUUGUUCUCGCCAGUCCGCAGCGGCGAUCGGUCGGGCAACGAACGAUGUGAGUCACGGACCACCGAAAGUUAGUCGCGUGCGAUGGGCAACCGACUUUGCAAGAAAAAAUCUGACGCGGGGGACGCCGUGACGACGAAACCCGCGCCCCGUGCCGGAAAAUUCGACAGGAUCAUCGGCAGACUGCGCUUACGACCGGCCGCAUGGAAAUCCGACUCGCAGCUGAGCGACAAACGCGGCGACGAGCGCCCGAAACCGCUGUCCAGGUCCACCGAUUGGACGGACGCGCAGCUGGAGGUGACGCGCGACGACGACGACGCCGUCCACCUCAAGAACGCGCAGCUAGCGCUCAUCUUCGACGACGACACGGGCGGCACCCCUACGCCGCCGCCCAGGAAGAACCUAAUCCGGCGCAAUCUCAAAGAGAAAAUCGAAUCGGCCGCGAAGACCGGCCUCCAGGCCCUCCAGGUCCGCAAACCCGUCGAAGAGGAGCUCUUCGUCAAGAAGAAAAUUGUCUACACGUGUCCCGUGUGCGAACAGGACGAGAAGAACCACAACAGGGACCACCACCACCAGCACAACCACGGGGACAAGAAAAAGCUGCUCGAUAACGCGGAAGAUAAGCGGAAGAAAAACCUCUCGGUCGUCUCCCUCCCCAACUACGACGACCUGAAGCUCUCGGUAGCGACCACGGACAAAACCGAUUCGACGAAACCUAACCUCAACUCGUCGAGAUUGUCGCUGCAGUCGUCGAAGAAGACGUCGGGCGGCAAGUUGGACGCCUACUUCAACCGGUGCCGCAGCUUCGGCUCGCUCAUACCGCAGCAGCUGAAGAAGCUGAAGACGCACAAGGCGCCCGACGACGUCGAAAGCGACGACUCUUUCGCGGGUCUAGAGGACUGGGACCUGGGGCUCAUCGAGCAUUAUAACCCCAAGGAGGCGAGCUUGCCGCGCCCGCGGAAAACGGCGCCUGCCAAAACGGACGCGGACGUGCUGGCCGGCAUCGAGGACCUGGUGGUCCGCGACGACGCCGUCUCCGUCGCCAAACCCGAGCCCAGACAAAGAAAAACCGAGAGCCUGAUCAAGAAGAUCCAGCGGGAGGCGCGCGACGGCCGGAGCCCCAUCGCCACGCCCGAGGACGUGUGCCUCACGCCGCCGCCGUCGCCGGAGGUCGAGAAGAGGGCGGAGCCGCGCGUCGAGCACUCGGGCCUGAUGCGGAUCCUGCAGGAGUUCAGCCCCAGGAGGAAGCGCGACGGCGACGACGUCCAGGUGUUUAUUGAUGCGGAGAAGGCGCACACGGGGGCGGGGCUCGCCGGCUAACGCCGCGCGAGGGGACACCACUCCCCCCGGGUUGGAGAGGGGAUAACGCCUACUAAUUUAUUUUUACCGCUGUAAAUACGUUUUUUUGGUGAGUACUUUACUCAAUUUUCUAUCGUAAUAUAGUUCACAAACAUUAUACUCAUGUAAAGGGGAUGUUAUCUUAGGACACUACUUCAUCUCGGAAACUAUAGGGAAUGUAGCCAAAAGUUAAUUGGGGUAUUACAAACCUUCAGUUUAUUUUAAUGUAUAUGUAUGUAUGUAUCACGUAUAUUACUUCAUUUUUGAAUUGUAUACAAAAUUCUAGACAUAUUUUGUGUAUAAUAUCCUAUACCUAAGUCUAACCGUUUUUAACAUUUUUAAUUUUUUAUGUGGAAAAUGUAAAAUAUCUGCCAAUUUUUUCAUCCGGAAGCAUUUUUGUUUUACUUGAGUAAGUUAGACUCGAAUAACGGAUUUCAUAAGAAAUUUCGAUACGUAAUAAUACAGGAUAUGCGAAAAAUAAGAUGAAAAAAAUGAAAUGAAAUGAAAAAAAGUGCCAAAAAACUUUUUUUUUAAUGGAAACUACCUAUUUUUAUAAUCUUGUGAUAUUUAGCAUAAAAACUGCAAUAUUUUUACCUUUUGAAAUAUUUCCUUUCAAACAUUUAUUUAUCACAAAUAAUAUGCAGUUACCAUAUAAGUUCAGUUAGUGUAAGGUGGCUAUGACGAUGUUUAAAUAAAACAGGUGCUAGAAGGCUACUUGAAUGAUAGUUACGCCUGGCCUACAAAGGUGCAACGACUUAACUAACCUAAAUUUUUUUCUAUGGGGUACACUUAAAGAUUUAGUUUAUAAACACAAUCCGUCAACAAAUAUGUCAACGUGAAUCAAUCUACGUUGCUAAAAGAAGUGGCAGUAGAAUUAUGCCAUUCUUUUAAGUAUCGUCGACAUCUUUAUGACGCUAAUUUUGUAAGAAGACUUCGAAAUUGUAAUUGACUGUUAGGUAACGAACUUCUCGAGUAGUUUCUUCUGCAUUUUUACGCUUACCGACUUGACAAUUAAUAGUGAAUAGUUUUUUUUAUAAAAAUGUAUUUACUUAUCUGGUUUUUCCUUUGUUUUGUGUGACGUUAUUUUUUAACAGAUUUGGAAAAUUUCGUAAAAAAAUAGCGAUUUUAAAAAGUUUUUGUUCCCACUAAGGUGCUAUUUGAAAAAAAACUAGGUAACUAAGCGCUAUUUGGCAUUAGACAAGUAAAGUGUCAUUUACAAUUUUCACAUGAUCAGGUGACCCGGUAAAUAGUAUUUAUGAUGGUCACAGCCUCCUAAAUAAAAAUUUAAAAAACAAAAAAAAGUGAAAACGUAUCUUCCUAUAUAGGUUGCGCUAUUUAAAAUUCGAAAGUUACUGCCGUCUCCGCUCAAACCGGAAGUGCAACCAGUGACUACAUAUUGUCAAAAAAUUUGACAUUCAGGCUAUAUUAAUCCUUACCACUUUCCUGUGUCACCCGGUAUAAGUUGUGUUAUUUAUGAGUACACGAGAGACGAUAUAUUUUUGCAACUUACUUUACUCAGCU